AUGCACAGCAAACUGCUACAGACCAUCAAGAGGCGACAGGUUUCGGAUCUGGUGAAAAAUGGUCUGCCUGUAGGAGAAAUGGAAGCCAAAAAUUCCCUGAAAACGCAGAGCAUCAGCCUAGGGGGCAUUGCGAAGAGGCAGCCCGGGACGGGGGCGAGGGGAGCGGGCCAGAACCCUCCGGCUCACCACAGGGACGAGGAAGCUGAAAGCGCCUACAAGAUCCAGAAGGCGGUGAGCUUCAAGACGGAGGGGAACCAAUGCUACAAGGAUAAAAAAUUCCGGGAGGCAAUCGGAAAGUAUCACCGAGCUCUUCUGCAGCUGAAAGGGAUCCGGAUCAGCGAGGCUUCGGGCGCAGAAGUGAAAACAUUGAGCAAAACACACAUCAGACUAACCGAGGAGCAGAAACGACUCAUCGAAAGCACCGAGAUCGAUUGUUACGACAGUUUAGCAGCAUGCCUUCUACAGGCAGAGCUGGUGAACUAUGAACGGGUGAAAGAGUACUGCUUGAAAAUCCUUGGAAAGCACAAGGACAAUUUCAAAGCCAUGUAUAGAGCAGGCAUCGCCUUCUAUCAUCUUGGAGAUUGUGAGAGCGCCCUGCAGUACUUAAAAGAAGCAAAAGACCGGGAGCCCUCAGACACAAAUGUCUUCAGAUACAUCCAACUGACAGAGAUAAAGAUGAAUCGAUCCAAUCAGAGGGAGCAAGAGGGAUCUAAGGAGAUGAUUGGUUAA